CGCAGUGCUUCUCGCGCAGCACCGGAGUGGUGUUCACUCGGCGGCGCGCCGCGGCGCGACAUGCCCAGCUGAUGUUUAUUUAUACCACGAGCUCGGUGGAGGGCGCGCGCGGGAGGCCCUCCCCUCCGCGGCAGCACGGUUCCGCGUGAUGCAGCCGAGCGAGCUAGCCGACGCCGCGCACGCCGCUAGCGGAAACCCCCCGCAGCGCGGCCUCAACGGUGGCCGUUUCGACUUUGACGAUGGUGGUACUUAUUGUGGCGGCUGGGAAGACGGCAAGGCCCACGGACACGGUGUGUGCACCGGACCCAAGGGCCAGGGGGCCUACGCGGGAUCCUGGCACUUUGGAUUCGAAGUUUCCGGCGUCUACACCUGGCCCAGUGGCAGUUCGUUCGAGGGGCAAUGGCAGAACGGGAAGAGGCAUGGCCUGGGCGUGGAGACGCGAGACCGGUGGCUGUAUCGCGGCGAGUGGACGCAGGGCUACAAGGGCCGCUACGGCGUACGCCAGAGCACCACCAGCAACGCCAAAUACGAGGGCACCUGGGCCAAUGGCCUCCAGGACGGAUACGGCUCGGAAACUUACGCCGACGGCGGAACGUAUCAAGGACAAUGGAUGCGCGGCUUGCGGCACGGGUAUGGGGUGCGGACGUCGGCGCCGUUCGGUCUGGCGUCACAUUACCGGGGGGGACAUCGCGACCACCGCGGCUCGCAGGCCUCGCUGGCGGACGCGGGUACCCCAGACCCCUCCGAGCGCCGCAACAACCGCAUGGACGACGCCCGAGGGGGCUUCGUCCUCAAGGCCAGCUCCGACGAGCCCUCCGGCAGGCGGGGCUCGCUCGUCGAGAAAACUAAAAAAGGACUGCUAUCUAAGCUACGGAAACAGCGGAGUACGGGUGAGUUGGACAAGCGCGGCACGGGCAGUUCGGUGCGGUCCGGCGGGUCCAACGGCUCUGGCUCCUCGUGGGUGUCCUCCGUGUCCUCCCACUCUGCCGUGACUCACGCCUCACUGCACACCAACUCCAACGCGAGUUUCGUUGUGGAGGAUGAACAUCUAGACGCCGGCGUAACGGAAACCUACAUGGGCGAAUGGAAGAACGACAAACGCACCGGUUUCGGUGUGAGCGAGCGCAGCGACGGCCUUCGAUACGAGGGCGAGUGGUUCGCGAACAGAAAGUACGGCUACGGUGUGACCACCUUCCGCGACGGCACGCGGGAGGAGGGCAAGUACAAGAACAACGUGCUCAUCACCAGUCAGAAGCGGAAACACAUGUUCCUCAUGCGAUCCGCGAAAUUCCGGGAACGAGUCGACUCAGCCGUCAACGCGGCGCAGCGCGCAUCCAAAAUAGCAUUACAAAAGGCAGACAUCGCUAUCUCUAGGACCGCCACAGCGCGAGGUAAAGCUGAACAAGCCGACGAAGCGGCAGACCAAGCAAAAGAAGACUGUGAUAUAGCGCAAACGACUGCCAAGCAGUUCGCCCCAGAUUUUAAGCAUCCCGGCUUCGACCGAAUAGGAUUAAGAGAAAGAUAUAGACAAAAGCCUUACGACAUACACACGCAGGUUACGACACCUGUAUCACAAGAAUCUGAAAAGAUCUUGGAAAAAAACAGCAUUCCAAAUCAUAUCCCUCAGAUGCAUUCACAACUUCCUUCCCGAAGACCAUCCACACAAUAUCCCAAGACAGUGCAAUCCAUAGAUCCCAGAUUAGCAAAGAGCUCCAACUAUAGUACAGAUGAUAGAAAUACGUACGAUCCGUACUAUCAAAGUCAGUGGCAACCUCCAGGAGCACAGCCUCAGAUUCCAGACAGUCAGUCCGGCAUGUAUGGACCAACCGUUCCGAGUGCACCUCCACAACAACAUUCAGCGUACCCCCUGAUUAGACAAGGCACCCUUGCACAUCAGCAAACUAUGGACCAAAGUAGUCAGCAAUUUUCAAAUCAAGGCCGAAGACUUUCAACAAACGUAAGACCUGCUAUGAACCAGCGACCUGGACCAGAGUAUAAUCCUCCGCAAAGACGACAGAGUGUUCUCGCGCAGCCACAACAGGAUCCACAGCAAGCGAGUUACAUCGAUGGUGGGACAGCUGCCUACGGCAGGAACGAACUUAGGACUGGAACGGUGGCGUCUGAAGUAUCAAUGAUGCCGGACCCUCAGGGGUACCAUCAAACAAUGGAUCCUCAGGCAUAUAGGCAACAGGUGGAUCCACAAGGUUACAGACAAGCUCCCGAUCAACAAAUGUAUCGUCAGCCUCAGCCUCCCGAUCAACAAGCGUAUAGGCAACAACCUAUGCCGGAGUCAGAUGGUGUGAAUGGAAUUCGACCACCUGGAGCGCGACCAUCGAUUGAUUAUUUCGAUCAUUAUAAAAGACCUCCAAGCAGAGAUGGGAGCGUGGAUCGAUACAGGGGGCGUUCGCGGCAGCCGUCUGUGGAGGCAGCAUCUCCGCCCCCGAGCGGGGGCUCUAGAGCCGGCUCCGUGGCGCCGCAGCCGCCGAUGGCGUCGUCUCGACCAGCGUCGCGCGCCGCCACGCCCGCUGCUGGCAACGGGCACCUGGCUUCCGGACGGGGGUCGAUAUCUCGGGCGGGUUCGAGGGAGCCACCGCCGUUCGAGGAGUCAUUAUUACGGAAGCGGAACCUGGGUCAGGACAUAUCCCCGUCACCGUACCAGCCGAAGCGGACAGAGAGCCUGUACGUGGCGCCCGCGCCGGCGCCGGCUCCCGCGCCUGCGGCCGGCGGAGGGGGAGGCGGUCGUAGGAUGAUAAGCACGCCCCAGGCGUUGCAGCGCAAGAAGUCGCUGCCAGACGUGGCGGGGAUGCCCCGCAGCACCGACUCCGCCAGCAUGUCUCGCGAGGAGGUGUCGGCCCUCGGCUCGGCGCGCCGCGAGGAGGUGCGCCGCAUGCACGAGGAGUCGGAGAAACUGAGAGCCAACCCUCUGCUCUACUUGGUCAGUCCGCAAGUUAAGGACUGGUUCUCGCGGCAGCAGCUGGUGAUCCUGGUGCUAUUCAUCAACAUCUCGCUGGGCAUCAUGUUCUUCAAGCUGCUCACGUAGCGGCGGUGCGCGGCGCACGCGCGCCUCUCUCGGUCACUACCCGCACUCAACACAUUUGUGCAAUAACUCUCAGCCAAAGAGCCAAAACCAUUUAACUUAAUGUGCAAAAAUAUUAUUAGUUCUUACAUUUUACUACGACCCUUCUUUUUGAUACGAGUUACAUUUUAAAAUAUCCAAAACGUAUUUACUUGUCGAUAAGGACUUCGGUUUGCUAGUGUACUUUUUCUUUGACGUUGUGUAAGUGUGCAAAGUAUGACAAGAGUACAGUGCAAUACGCUCCCUCCACCACUAACUCAAGCAACUUUCUAAACAAAUUGUGUGCGAGUGAAUUUUGUGUCCACGAGUCGGAAACUUCGAGUGUAAGAAGCACGAAUUGUUUUAUUGAACCUGCAUAUUGUAGGUUGUUUGCCCUAUAAAAUGGUAUUGAUACGUCGCUGCGCCUCGUUGAGAAAUGAUGAUUUUCGGAACGACACAAUAGAUUUUGACGACCUUUAUUAAGAGGCAAGGAAAUAUACUUAAUUUUAACGAUUGCUAUGAAGUGGCAGUUAAUUUUAAAGCUAGGUACGUCAGUGACAUUUAACCAAUGAGUAGUUACCAAUUAUAAGUAAAUGUUAUUAUUGAAGUUAAUAUUUUAAAUAAAAAUGUCGACAGUCGUAAUAUGCGACACUUUGGGCAAUCCAAAAAUUGGAAUUCUUAUGAAAUCCGUUUCAAUUUGGUAAAACGUUACGUGAUUCGAAAAGCACAAAUAGGUAAUUAUAGUUAUUUGACUUACAUACUUGAAUAUGUAAAUAAAAAUAUGAAAUUGUUGACCCUUUUACAAAAUGCCUAUAGAUUAUACAAUUAUAACAUUGCUUGCUAUACCUAAAUUUGAAUAGGUAAAUGAAAAGCAUAAGCUUUAUUUUCCUAUUUUGUAAACUAGAAAUUUACUUAAAUUGUAAAAUCUUGUACUUAAAGAAUAGACACCACGUUUUUUACAAACUUAGCUUCGUAUUAUACCUAUGACGUCAAUUCUCUCGUAACCGAAGUUUUUGUAUAGAUAAUUAAAAUAUUAAUGAUAUACAUUAUUGAUUAAUAUUGGCAUGGAAAGCGUGCGGUGAGACUGUUGAUACGUAUAAUACAACGAAAGUUGUGGAAAACGCGCAUUCGUUGAAAGGUUGAAAUAUAUUAAUGUUGGUAAGACAAUUUUCACAGUUUCAUUAUUAUGUAAAAAAUAUAAGUUAUGUCUGUAAGAAUUUUAAUUACUUGUAUCAAUUUUAUCUACGUUUCACAAAUAAAAUAUUUUAACAAAAUCAUAA